AGCACGCAAGAGCACCCCGAUUUCUGUAAUCCUGCAGGAUGGGGCAAACCCUCUCAGACAGCCGUGCAGGCAGACCAGAGGCUCCAAGGCUGGUAGAUGAGGGUAAAGCUCCCCGCUGUGAUGGGCUCUGCUCCCUGACACGUGGCACCUGGGGGUUAAAAGCAGCACCGGAGCAGGGUUGGCAGCUUUGUGUCGGUGGCUGUGCCCAUGGAGGGCGUGUCGCCGCUGGAGCGGUACCUGGAGAGCUGCAGCGGGCAGGAUGACUUCUCCACUAGUCCUCAUCUGUUCUCUCCUGUGAGCCCUUAUGAUUUAGAACUUCCAAUUCAAGCAUCUUCCCAGUUAAGUCAGUCCAAGGAGCUCCAUACAGACUUCUCCUCCGUGGACCUCAGCUUUCUCCCAGAUGUCACCCAAGAUAACAAAGAACAAAACCUCUCAGAGGAUGGUCAUGAAACCCAAAAAGAGCUUGAUGGGUCACUACCAAGUAAGGAGGAGAGUGGUGUUUUCAUGGAUGAAAGCAGCUUGUCACAUCCAGGUGCAGCUCAGCCAUCUCCUGAAGCACCUGGCGUGUGUCCUCCCCUGACUCCUCUAACUCCGAUCACCCCGGCAACAUCUGCCUCAGAAAGUUCUGGAAUAGUCCCCCAGCUACAGAAUAUCGUGUCAACUGUAAACUUGGGUUGUAAACUGCAUCUGAAGAACAUAGCUUUGCGUGCCAGAAAUGCAGAGUAUAACCCAAAGAGGUUUGCUGCUGUGAUCAUGAGAAUCAGGGAGCCACGAACAACAGCACUCAUCUUCAGUUCAGGAAAAAUGGUCUGCACAGGAGCAAAAAGUGAAGAGCAGUCGAGGCUGGCAGCCAGGAAAUAUGCACGGGUGGUGCAGAAGCUCGGCUUCCCUGCCAAGUUCUUGGACUUCAAGAUCCAGAAUAUGGUGGGGAGCUGUGAUGUGAGGUUCCCCAUCCGCCUGGAAGGCUUGGUUCUCACCCACCAGCAGUUCAGCAGCUAUGAACCUGAACUAUUCCCUGGCCUGGUUUAUAGGAUGGUCAAACCAAGGAUAGUGCUGCUUAUCUUUGUGUCUGGGAAGGUUGUACUGACUGGAGCAAAAGACCGUUCUGAACUCUGUGAGGCAUUUGAGAACAUCUACCCCAUUUUAAGAGGUUUCAAGAAACCAUCGUGACACGGCUCCCAAAGCAAUCCAGAAUAACACCUGGGCUUGUGCUGCUGUGCAUGGAGCAGAACCAAGGGCAUUCCUGGACCCAUCUCUGGAUUAUUAAGCAAAUUAUUCGUUUCUGAAUGCCACAUAUGCUGAUUUCUUUCUGUAACUUGUGAAAUGUUCUUUUCUUUCAGAUUAUCUGUCUGUAAUCCACCUAAGUUCUGACAAUUUCUGUCAAGUUAAAACACUUGAUAAAUGCAUCCCCUUUUAAUAGAAUGUAUGUUAAGGUGGCACUUAAAAAUAUUUUGUAAUAGAAAAUUUAGUAAUUUGUCUCUUUCCCUGUUGAAUAGGUGAAUCCACACUGCACUUCAAAUUGGCUUAAUCAGCAUCCUCAGCUCUAAGGGUCCUGAAUUGCUCCUGCAGUGUUGUAGUUUCAUGUUUAAGCUCAACAUACAUUAUUGUCUACAACAUGGUUUACAAAAUCCUGCAUGAGUUUGAUUUUGGUGGUUAGAACACAAGUGCUGGAAUCGCUCUGAUCCCACUGGCUGGAUAAACUCUUUGUGUGUGAGGGUACAGGGUUUUCUUCCACAGAGGAGACAUUCCAGGCCCUGGCUGCUGGGAUAUAGCUAGAAAAUCUGUGGGUGGAGGGGUGUAACUAAUUAAAUUGUCUAAUUUGACAUGGGACAAGUUAGAGUUUAACCAAAUGGGUACCCACUUGUAUUACUCCCUCAGAUGAUGGGAGUUUGGUGCAGACAGAAGCAUGUUGGUUUGGAACUUUGUUAAAAAUAGAUUUGAGGAAAAUACAAAAAGCCUUGGAUGGUCAUGACUUAAUUAUCUGUGUUACUUAACCAGAGUUCAGCAAUGGACCUACAUUUGGUAAUUUUGGAGCAAAACCAAUGAGGUUUCCUGUACUUGGUUUGAACUCAAGCCUUUCUUUUCAGAAGGUGUCUUGCUCAGCGUGGUGCAGGGAGCAGGAACAGUGCAAAGCCUAUCCCAUGGCUGCUCUGGAAAGCCCCUGGAAGCAAGCCAGAACAGUUCUGCUGUGUCCUUCCCUCCUGAAGGUGUUGCUACCUGUCUGGAAACACCACUAGAGGUUGCUCUUAGAUGACUUAAGUGUAACCCAGGCCAAAAUCCUCCUCGGUCCUUGCUGGAAAUACUUGGCUCAACUCAGAACAGCGUCUUGCUGGGCUGAGUUUUGUUGCCACAAAAGUUUAUUUCUGAUUUGGUGAGGGUGUGGCUUCAUCUUCUGUAUCUGUUAUGUGUCUCUCACAAGUGUUCUUAUAUCUAUCUCCCUGCAAACUUUGAAAAACUUUGUGCACUUCCUCAUGAUAAGCUGGUCUUAGCUGUUAUCAGUUUCUGUCAAACUGUGGAUUUCCACACUCAAAUCUAUUUUAAACACAGGCUUAACUUUUCUGUUUGCUUUCUAACGUUGGAGAUUUUCCACAGCCAUGGGCUGGACUUUUAUUUGCACUGUAGCUGCAGUAGCAGCUGAUGAGCUUCAGUUAGAACAAUCUUUUGUAAGUGAAAACACCCUGGUUUUGUUGAGGUGUUGGGGGUGAAAAAAGUUUAUCUGAGAUGAGCCCUCUUCAAGAAAUCACAUUUUGCUUAAGAGCUUGCCAUGUGAUUUCAGUGGUAAAAUUAGUGUUCUUUAGAAGUACAGAUAAAGCCUGAGA